CGUUACGUAAAAGACGACCGCUCCCUGCCCGCUCCGCCCGCGGCAGCAGCGGCCGAUGGUGUUCUAGUUCAGGCUGGCGAUUCGGUCGACUGCGAGGCGAGUCCGUGGCCGAUUUGGUGGACACGCGCAGGAGUUGAGGUGAGGUGAGGGAGGGAAGGGGAGGAAUUGGAAGAGCCGAGGACGAGAGAUUAUCGAGAUGGCCGUGGAAUUGACGGGCGUCCCGAAGGAUUAUGACUACCAUAUGCCGGCGGAGUGGGAGCCUCACGCUCAAACUUGGAUGGGCUGGCCGGAGCGAUGUGACAAUUGGAGAGACACUGCAGGGCCAGCUCAACAAGCAUUCGUCGAGGUGGUCACUGCCAUUUCUCGUUUCGAGCCUGUCACAGUUUGUGCCAGUCAAAAAGAGUGGAAAAAUGCUCGGAAACAGCUACCUUCUGAUGUGCGAGUUUUGGAGAUGAGUAUGAACGACGCCUGGUUUCGAGACACAGGGCCUACUUUCUUAGUGCGAGACAUACCUUUUGCGGCCGUUGGGAAGGCAAGGGAAGUCGUUGGAGUUCACUGGAAGUUCAAUUCUUGGGGUGGACUCUCGGGUGGGGCCUACAAUGACUGGCGCUUGGACGAGCUUGUGGGAGCGAAGAUAUUAGAAAUCGAGCGAGUACCCAGAUUUUCGCACUCCAUGAUACUAGAGGGUGGUAGUGUACAUGUUGACGGGGAAGGGACUUGUCUCACAACAGAAGAGUGUCUCCUGAACCCCAACCGAAACCCCAACAUGUCCAAGCAGCAGAUUGAAGAGCAGCUUAAAUGCUACCUGGGUGUAGAGAAAGUGAUCUGGGUGCCUCUUGGACUCUAUGGUGAUGAAGAUACAAACGGGCAUGUUGAUAACAUGCUCUGUUUUGCCAGGCCAGGAGUGGUUUUGCUAUCAUGGACUGAUGACGUUAAUGACCCCCAAUAUGAGCGUUCCCAGAAAGCGUUAGAUAUUUUUGUAAAUACUACUGAUGCGAGAGGGAGGGCCUUCGACGUUGUAAAGAUGCAUAUACCAGGUCCGCUGUAUAUGACCCCUUCUGAGGCGGCUGGUGUUGAAAGCGGCUGUGACGAUGCUAUCUCAAGAAAAGCUGGCACACGUCUUGCAGCAAGUUAUGUGAACUUUUAUAUCGCUAAUGGGGGCAUAGUAGCUCCUUCCUUUGGCGAUGAAAAGUAUGAUGAAGCAGCUUUUGAUGUUCUGCGCAAAACGUUCCCUUCGCAUGAGGUACUGAUGAUAAGAAAUGGAAGGGAAAUCGUACUUGGAGGAGGGAACAUUCACUGCAUCACUCAGCAACAACCAGCCGGAAGUUCUUUUCAGAGUCUGGAUAUCACUCGUGCUCAUCUAGAGAAGCUGUACCGGAAGAAGUCAGCAGAUAUACCAGGUAAGGUGUGAGUUCUGGGAACGUGGACAAUGAGAUGAGAGGUUGAUGAGGAUCACAACUGCCGUGCCCAAUUUUGUUCAUUAAGGGCAUGAAGUUUCUCGACUAGUCUCAGCAAUCGAGGAACGUCAUAUCGGCAGGUUGGUGAUGACUUGAGAGCGCAAGCAGCAUUUAUAGGCUCAAUGUAAUACCUUUUGGAUUUCCUUGGUCGGUUUGUCAAUGUAUAUUAGUAACGCUUUUCUUACUGAUCGAGGUCGGGGUAGGAGAAAGGAGGAUUGUAUAUAAUUUUUUGUAACUACAACGAGAUUCUGAUAAAUAGAUACUGUUCGUGUCAACACCAUGUUCGAUGACUACGAGGAUCAGUCAGAAGACUGUAGUUUGAAUUAUGAAAAUAUUACAUGAAAUAUAUAAAAUAUUUUCGUCG